UGGGGAAGCCAACCAGCUUCGGGAUCAGUGGGUUUAGCUUUCGCUACUUCUGUACAUACCGGAUCUCUAUCAAGACCUCCGCGAUGAAUGAGAAACGGUCAGUAUCUAUCAGUGACGCGGCCAACUCACCCGGGUGCCUGGACACGAAAGGACGACGUUUCUCCUGUCCUGCCGUCAACGUCAUUGACAAUGCCAUUGUCAUCAAGCGACCACCUUUUACGCAAACAGCAUUCGACGAUAUCCACGCCAAGACCGAGUUCGAAUCCAAGAGCAUAUCCGAACGCGUGAAGAAACAGGCUUAUUGCUCAAAGAAGCGGCUAUGGAAACUUGUGAGCGGUUAUUUACCAAUUCUCAAGGUCCUACGGUACUACAACAUUAAAGACAACAUUCUGAUUGACAUACUGGCCGGUUUAACAAUUGGGGUUCUACAUAUCCCUCAAGCGCUGGCCUUCGGACAGCUGACGUCUGUAAAGAUCGAAAACGGAUUGUAUACAUCCUUAUGGCCUGUCAUCAUCUACGUAUUUUUCGGAACAUCUGCCCACGUUUCCAUCGGCACCAGUGCUGUGAUAUGUAUAUUGACUGCUAGUGUUGUGGACCGUCAAGGCGAGGCGUUUGUCGCCGCCAAUCCAGAUAUUCUGAACUUUACAUUGAAUGGUACCCAAGUGCCUCUUGAUGACAUUCCUGCAUACUUGGAUUACAAGGAAGGCAUAGCCAUGGCGGUGACCUUUGUCUCGGGUUUAAUGAUGAUCUUCAUGGGGAUCUUCAAGCUCGGGUUCAUCACCGCCUACCUAUCCGAGUCCUUCUUUUGUGCCUUUACAUCAGGAGCCGCCGUCCACAUCGCCACAAGCCAGGUCCCAGCUAUGCUUGGACUGGACGUCAAGAAACACGGCGGUCUGUUCAAGUUCAUCAAUAACUACAGAGAAAUCUUCACCCACAUCACCGAGGUCAACGUUGCUGCCAUCAUCUGUGCCGUUAUCACUUGUGUCAUCAUUGUGCUGGUGAAGGACUGCAUCAACGAGAGGUUCAAGCACAAGCUUUUCAUGCCAAUCCCUAUUGAGCUUUUCGUCGUCGUCAUCGGAUGCAUCGUUGGCUAUUUCGGUGACCUGAACACCAACUUCGGAAUCGCCAUCGUCGGUGACAUCCCAAGCACCAUUCCUCCACCAGUCAUCCCACCACUGGCAGAAACCCCCAACUUCAUGGCUGACUGCUUCAUCAUCGCCAUCCUCAUCUUCGCCAACACCAUCGCCAUGGCUAAGAUCUGCGCCAAGAAACACAACUACGAGGUUGACGACAGUCAGGAGCUCAUCGCCUACGGCAUGUGCAACUUCGUCAGUUCUUUCUUCAAGUGUUUCCCCUCCAGCGUGGCUCCCCCACGAUCCAUGGUUUCUAGUGGCAUGAACACCAAGACGGUCCUCAACGGCGUCUUCACUUCCGGUCUGAUGGUCCUCGUCAUCAUGGUCAUCAGCUCUGUCUUCGAGGUUCUCCCCAAGUCAAUCCUGGCUGCCAUCAUCUUCAUCGCUCUCAAAGGACUCUUCAUCCAGAUUCUCGACGGACGUAAAUUCUGGCGUGUCAACAAAUUCGACUUCGUCAUCUGGUUCAGCACCUUCACCAGCGCUGUGUUCCUCGACAUCGACUACGGUCUCUUUAUCGGUGUUGGCGUUUCUCUCAUCACUGUUGUGUUCCAGACCCAGUUCGCCCGCGGCUACAGACUCGGCAGAACCAUGAAAGAUAGCACCCUGGUAGAGCACAAGAAAUACCAGGAUUCCGUCGAGAUCCCCGGCGUCAAGAUCUUCCGCUUCCAGUCUCUGUACUAUGCCAACGCCGAAAUCUUCCGAUCCAACCUCUACAAAAGCACUGUAAACCCAAGAAAACUUCUGAAGAUGAUCAAGAAAUACGAAAAGAAAAUGGGCAAAUCUGGGAAGAGCGUGAUGCUGCUCAGCGAAGAAGGAAGAAGUUCCGUUGUGAAGACGUCAGUACCAUCAACCGACACAAACGGAAGCAGGAAGUUGAGCACGUCAGAGAACAACCUCAUUCCCCGUAUCAACAGCACAGACUCCUCAAAAAGUGACGGCACCCAACGUGAUUCUGUCUCCAGCAUCGACAACCCUGUGUUCAGCAUCAGCGACGAAGCACAAAAGAACAGCUACACUCUCAAACAGAACGGCUUCAACGCCGACGGAAGCAUGAAACGCCACGGCAGCAUUGACUCCACCUUCUCUGCCGUCACCAUCGCCACAAUUAACUCCGAGGACGAAGACGUCGACCCCGAGGACGGCGGCAUCCUUGUUACAGAUGAGAAACUGAGAAAUAUGAGACGCACACACCACGUCAUCGUCGAUUGUAGCGUCAUCAACUACUUGGAUGCAUCCGGCGCCAAUGUCCUCAGCCACAUCUCCACUGAGUACGACCACGUCAACAUCAAACUGUUCCUGUCUGGUUGUUCCUACGACAUGCGGGAAGCCAUGAAGCAUGCUGGAGUUUUCAAUAAGAUUCCACAGGAACAUGUUUUCUUGGAUCUCUACGAUGCCCUUGCCGUUGCUAAGAUACAACGGGCCAUUCCUAUACUGACGGACGUGACCGAUUAUUCCGAUGACGAGGCAGCUGAAGAUUCCUACAUCACAAAGCUAUAACCAUGGCAGCCGAUACCUCAUCGAGAAUCUCAUAGACACUACACGUGCAGUUCAUGUAGAGACUUAGCACUUGGUUGAGCCGAGAGAUUGUGUGGCUUUGUAUAUAUGCUUAAUAUGUUUGUAUGUAUUUGUUGCAUUCUGCCGUCUUUCAUUAUGUAGAUACUACAUAGAAUAAUAAUGGGACUAUAACUUACAAAAUAUGACCCUUUUGUAAAUAUGUAAAUAUGAAAUAAUAAUAUUCUAACACGAGAUUCAAGAAUGAUUUUAUUGUGCUGACUGUAGAAGCGUUAUCAAAGGAUAUGGAACUUGUUCACGAUGCGUUGUUUUUUCAAUGGUGCCAUGGGAUCGGUAUAUAUGGAUCUGUUUCAGUUGUUGUCAGGGAACAUUAAAAUAUUUUAUAUAA